GCCGGACGCCGGGCCACCGACCGGCCGACAGUGAAGAUCCAGAACCGGUGUCACCGACAACGCAGCGUCGUUGUCGACUGCCGACCGGACUCGACCGUCUCCAACUACCACCGAUGACGCGCAGCAGCAGGCACGGUAUGCGGUGGCUGGCGCUCUGCGUGGCUGCGGCAGCGGUCGUCUGCGCCGCUGGCCUGCCGACCAACGGUCGGAGGAAGCGCAGCACGCAGAUCAUAAACCCAGCCUCGGGCGGCGGCGCGGCCGGCGGGCCCGAGCAGCGGGCGCAGAUCCCACAGGCGUGGCUGGGCUACUUACGCGGCGAGCGGCGGCCGAGCGACCUGCGCGGCCGGCUGGCGCUCGGCGCUGCAGCCCCGGCCGCGGCGCCGCCCAAGCAGAGCAAGGCGGACGUGGUGUCGCGGCCGCUGAUGGUGAUGGACGCGCGGGGGCAGGAGCAGGAGGCGACAGACGCCAGCCUGGCGCCGUACAGCGGCCAGAGCCGGCGACCGGUGCUGCCGGCGCCGCAGCAUGACAUGGUGAGUCAGAUCAUCAGCUCGACGCUGAACGGCGGCUUCAGCGGCGCCAACACGGCCGCCUCCGUCAGCGAGCGCUACCCGAGCCUGCAGGGCUACGAGGCGUUGCAGCAGGGCGUCAUCAACUCGAUCCAGACGCUGCGCGACCAGAUCGAGACGGCCGGUGAGCCGAUGGUGACCGAGGCCAGCGGCGACGGCCCGGAGGAGGAGCAGGCGCAAGAGGAGGCCGAGGCGUCGCCCGCGCCGCCAGCCGACCGGCUCGACACGACCAACAGCCCGAUCACGUUCAUCACGCUGAGCGCGGCUUCGCAGCAGGCGACCGAGGCCUCGCAGGGCGCCAGUACGGACGGCAUGGCGUCAAUGGUGCGCGGCCCGACCACCAGCGCGCCGCAGCCGGCGGCGGCGGAGCUCUCCGAGCCGGUCACGUUCCCCCUGCGGCCGCGGCCCUCGCUCCGGCCGCGCCCCAUCCCCACCAUCCUCUCGCAGGAGAACGCGGCGGCGCUGGGCGUGACGCUGACGACGGCACCGACGCCGGCGGCGACGGAGCCGGCGCCGGCCGGUGCACCCAUCUCCUCGCUGGCGUCCAUUUUCGGCGUCAGCCAGCCGCCGCCGUCGCUGCUGUUCAGUCGGCUGACCACCCCGCCGCCGGACGGCCAGCAGCGGCCGACCGUGUUCGUCAACAACCGGCCAGUAUUCGAGGCCACUAGGGCGCCGCUUCUCGGCGCGGCGCAGAACACCGACAAGGACAAGAUUAUGAUUAUUACCUCACCUGGGGGAAGCGCUGGUUCGACCAAGGACCAAAUGAAAAAGCAGCAAACCGACAAGGACGGUCAAAAAGCCCCGAAGCCGGAAAAGAAUAAAACCAAGGUAAAAGACGCGGCGGUUAAGGACAAGAACAUGAACAAGGACUCGGACGAGGUUCAGCUGAGGCCGGCGCUCAACCCCGUCACCGCCACCACCACCACCACCACCACCACCACCACCACAACCACCACCACCCCGGCGCCCACCACCACCACAACCACCACCCCGGCGCCCACCACCACCACCCCAGCGCCGAUCACGUUCCUUGAUACGCUGAGUCGGGCUGUGCCAAUCAUGGCCGGCGUGGUAGUAGCAGGGGGUGCCGCCAUGAUUCCCAUCUACUUGGCAUUCGGCAAGAGGAGGCGUCGGAGGAAGAGGAGCGCCGAAGGCUCCGAGUGGCCUAUCGACCUGGACGCCGUGUUCGGCCAGCUGCUCGCCGGUCAGCAAACCUUCGAAGACCUGAAGCACCCGAAAGAGCUGUACAGGAAGAACGGCAAAAAGUACAGGUCUUCGCAGAAGACCAAGGCCAAGGCAGGGUGAGCCGAGAGGAUGCACUUGCAAGCAGCUGCUGUAAACUUAUGUGGGAGAAGCGUUUUAGCCUGUCGUUAUGAAAUAGCGGACCGAUGAAUGAUGAGGCGGAGGAAGGGGAGAAAGUGGCUUUGGGCAUGGUUUUUUGCCUUGAUAUGUUUGUAGUGCAAACUACGUAACAAUGGUGUGAUUUGGAAAAUAUUUGUCUGUUCUCUAGCGUAUAGCAUUGGUACUCACGUGCAAGAUGCAGUGUGUAUGAAGUAAAUGUCCAUUUUAUGUUCUAUCUCAUUGUUAUCAUAUGUUGUUUUACUAUGCGCAGUAACCGUUGUAGUCACGGGUGUUGAAGUUUUAUCAUGUCUAGAACCUCAGUUAGAGGCCUGGACGUCUGGAAUAGCGUAGAUGCUCAUGGUGUUCCCAUCAGGAGAUGCGCUAUUUAUUACUGCGUCACGUAGUUUCCGCAGGAUAUCAUGCAGUUUAGUUAUUGUGCCGAUAUGAGCACACUUCAUGAGAUCUGGUAAAGCCAAUAAAUCUCCGAGACGAAUUUUU